GAGGCGACGUUAGACGCGGGGGACGUUGCCGGACGUGUACACGGUGAAAACGCCUACCUUCGUUACGCUCGAUCGAGAGUAUCGAGCCGAGACGCUCGAUGUCCUCGAAACUGAGCAACUCGCGAAAAGAACCCGCCCUAUUCUCAGGCUCGCUCCCGUCGUCGCGAAAACGCGAAACCGCGACUGUAAUCGCCGCUACGUUAUUUCGCGAUUUUCACGCAGACUGCGAAUCGCAUUAUCCGUGAAAUUCCCGCCGGUCGCUCCUCUCCGCUAGGAGCCGCGCCGAUGGUCGUCGCGCGUUCAAAGGCAAACAGCGUUUAUUCCACCGCAGGCUUCGUAAAUGACACGCGCGUCCUAGACCGACUAUUUUACGGACUGGUCCUGCGGUGUUUUCGAAAUGACACCGAGAAGCCCAUUCGGUUGACUCCGAAUUCUUCGUUCGGACAAACGAACGUUUCCGUUGUGAGAGCGAGAAUUUCGCUCUCCGAACUAAACUUUGCUUUUCGUUUUCAUCCCGAAGAAUCAAACUCUGGCUCUCACGAUCGCAACGUUCGUUUGCCGAGCGAGAAUUCCGUUCGAAUCGAUUAAAUGAGGUUUUCAGUGUACGUUUCCAUACGUAAUUAGCUAGAAUAAAAUACGCGGAUGCUAUUCUAUGUGUUUCUAAUUGACUCGCUAAAAAGUUCUAUUUAGUAUAUAUGAAAGAGUAUUGGCGACGGAUUCAAAUAGGGAUUCACACCAAUCACAUCGGCGAGACAGUGCGAGAUUAAAUGUGCGAUCUGGACGGCGGAUGGAAUGUUGCGUCGAGAAAACAGUGGGGUAGUACGUGGGGUGUACGACGUGAGAACGAACCGCUGCGGUCGUUCCCGACCUCGGCCCCGGGUCCGAUACGUAAAUUGCAGCGGUGAUUGAGCGAAGCUGCGACGGAUCGUCUUACGAAACGGUCUUCGGGAGUCGCGCCAACAUCUCGGCGCGACAAUAAUAGCGCGCGAACGUUAACGCUACUUGCUAAGUCGCACAAAUCGAUUCCGUUCGCUGAGAGACAGUACAUUACCGGCGUGUGUUCAGCGAUUCUCGAAUGCACAGGCCACACAGAACAGCCGGGGAAUGUUGUGAGUGAGCGGAGAUCUAAAGACUAAUCGACAUAGAAAUCAGCAACAAGGAUAACACAUUCGCGCGUAUUUCGGUGAAAACGGAGAGUAGCGAGUUAAUGCGAGGCACUUCGUACGCGAUCUACAAACUACAUCUAUUUGGAGAGUCGGUCGGAGGUGUUCGUGGAGACUGAUUCAACAAAAAUGAAGGGGAUAACAACGCUUUUCGCGAUACUGCUAUUGUCCAGCGUUGGGCACGGCGCAAAAUGGUGGCAGACGAUGUCUCUCUAUCAAAUUUAUCCCAGAAGCUUCAAGGACAGCGACGGGGACGGCGUGGGAGAUCUCAAUGGCGUCAAGAGCAAGCUGCAACACCUGGUCGAAACGAACGUCGAAGCCUUUUGGUUAUCUCCGAUCUAUCCCAGCCCGAUGAUCGACUUCGGCUACGACAUUUCCAACUUCACCGACAUCGACUCCGUGUACGGCAGCAUGGCUGACUUCGAGGCGCUCGUGAAGGCCGCGCACGAUCACUCCCUCAAAAUCAUCAUGGAUUUCGUCCCUAACCACUCGUCCGACCAGCACGAGUGGUUCCAGAAGAGCCUGCGCGGCAUCGAGCCCUACACCGAUUAUUACGUGUGGCACAAAGGCAAGGUGCUGCCUGACGGAAGGGUCACGUUGCCGAAUAAUUGGGUGAGCGUGUUCGGCGGGCCGGCGUGGACCUGGAGCGACGAGCGGCAAGCGUAUUACCUUCAUCAGUUCGCGCCGGAGCAACCUGACCUCAACUUCAACAACGAGAACGUGGUGAGCGCGAUGAAGGACGUCAUGAGAUUUUGGCUCGACAAGGGGGUGGACGGAUUCCGGGUGGACGCGGUGCCGCAUUUGUGCGAGCACAAGGAUUUCCCGGACGAGCCGCUCACGGGCAAUCCGAAUCCCAACGAUUACGGUUACACGGAGAAGAUCUACACGAAGGAUCAGCAGCGCACCUACGACACGGUGCAAGGCUGGCGGGAAGUGCUGGACGAGUACCCAGGCGAUCGAGUCAUGAUGAUCGAAGCGUACGCGAACAUGACGAUGACGAUGAAGUAUUACCGUUACGGGGCGAACUUUCCCUUUAACUUCGGCUUGAUCACCAACACGAAUUCGAAUUCCUCGUCGUCCGACUUCACGGAUGUGAUCUCCGAGUGGAUGCGGGAAAAAGGAGACAAGACCGCUAACUGGGUGGCCGGUAAUCACGACAAGUCCAGAUUGGUGAGCCGUUACGGGCCGAUUCGAGCGCAAUUCGUGACUAUGAUGAUUCUGCUGCUUCCGGGCGUGAGUGUGACUUACAACGGCGACGAGAUCGGUAUGGAGGACACGUGGAUCUCGUGGGAAGACACCAAAGACCCGCAAGGUUGCAACGCCGGUAAAGAUCAUUACGAGACGGCGUCUCGGGAUCCUGAGAGGACGCCGUUCCAAUGGGACGACACCACCUCGGCUGGAUUCUCCACGAACCCGAAAACGUGGCUGCCGAUCAACAAAAAUUAUAAGACCGUCAAUUUAGCCGCAGAAAAGGCACAGAGCAACUCCUAUUACGCCCUGUAUAAGGCGGUUUCUGAUUUACGAAAGUGGCCGGCGCUGAAACAAGGUCCACUUGAAUACAUACUCAGUUUAGAGGGAAUGGAGAAUUUUUUCGCAUUAAAGAGGAGAGGCUGGAGGUCCGGAGAGAAAUCGGUUUACGCAUAUUUUAACUUCGACGACAAGGAGCGAUCACCGCUGGACGUAUCCACCGAGCCACUGAGGGUUUAUUAUGCUACUACGAAUGCUCAUUCCCUCAUUGGGAAACGCGUCGACAAAAUUCAAGAAGAGAAAAUUCCCGCAUCGGCGGCCGUGAUAUACGUCAGCGAGUAAAGCCGGGCGAAAAUGUACGGGGGACAAGAACGAGACGUCUUCCACGCAAUUCCCAUAGUUUCUCAAGACGAAGAGGAGAGAGUACUUCGGUCCUUGGAACGCGACCUGUUCCUGAUUCUUGACUUACCGCUUUUAUAUUCGCACGCAUCACGCUGUUACUUUAUUUAUUAAUCUCCCACGCAUAUCUUAUUAUAACUGAUUACAAUUGGACUAUCGCGCAUAGCUGGGACUGCGUAAAACAAGUAAAACGCCACUCUCGCGGAUCUAAUCUGAGCUAAUCUAAGUGGAUCUUAUCUGUAAACGAGGCUAGAUUAAAUGUGUAAUUACGACGGAAAUUCGUACCAUUAAAAAGCAAUUUCGCAUU